AUGGCCCUUCUACGCCCUUCGCUCCUCCCAUCCCAUUCGCUCCUCCUCCUCUUCAUAAUCAUACUCUACCUCUACCACCGCCACUUCGUCCACCACUCCUUCACCCUUCCUGCCAACACCCGCCUCGCUCCCUCCCCGCCCCGCCACUUCCUCCUCGGUCACGCGCCCUACCUCUCCUGCUCACGCCCCUACAAGCAAUACCAGCAGUGGGCGCGCACUUACGGCCCCAUUUAUCGCAUUUCGCCCGCCGGAGGUCGUCGCGGUGCCCCGGAGACUUUCAUUGUCACGUCGGCAAUCCUUGCCGACGAACUCCUGCGCAAUCGCGGCGGGAUCUAUGCUUCACGGGAGACGGCGUCAGUCGCAACGCGGAUUCUUUCAGGCGAUGACGACGAAAUGCGCCCCGCUGACUCCACGGAUCUCCGCCCCUUCUCCUUCGUCCCCGGGCCUACCCUGCAGCAAGGCAGGAAAUUAAUGUACACCGUGUGUCGGGAGUCCGCCGCGAAAACGUACGAGCCCACACAGUUUCGCGAAGCCGUGGGGAUGUUGGCGACGUUAAUUCGCGAGCCGACUCAGUACGAGCAGUGGUUUGUGCGGUUUGCGAGUGGUGUCAUACUGCGGGUGGGAUAUGGGCGGAGAAUUCUAUGGCCGAAGAUGACGAUCACCUCCAAUGACGGACAAAACAGGGACGAUAAGAAAGACGACCCGGCUCUCGCGCGCAUCCUCGCCGUCAAUCGCGAAUUCGGGCUCCUCGGUAGCAGCGCUCGUGAUAAAUGGUCCCUCCGCUUGCUUGAAGCAUUCCCGUUCCUCGUGCACCUGCCGUCUGCACUUCUCCCUGUGAAACGCACCCUGCUCAAUCUGCACAGGAUGGAACUCUCCUUGUACCGUGACUUACAAUUCUCGAUCCGCGCCCAACUCCUUACCUCCAGCGCCCCAGAAUGCUGGGAACGCACCUACCUCGAACGCGCCCAUACUUUCCCGGAGUUGACGUCCGACCAAGCCGCCUACGUCCUCGGCACAAUGUUCGCAGCCGGUGCGCAUACCGCAGCGGCAGGCAUGUCGAAGUUUUUGUUCGCCAUGGUCACGCAUCCGUGGGAGUGGAGGGCGUUGCGCAAGGAGAUGGACGCUGUUGUCGGAGGGGGAGGCGAUAGGGAAGAUGAUAAGAGAAAGACGAGGAUGCCGUGUUUUGACGAUGUCCCCAAUUUGCCGAGGCUGCGUGCUGCAGUUAAGGAGACGCUGAGGUGGAGGCCGUUGCCGCCGGAUGGCGUACCACAUAGGGUGACUGAGGAUGACGUCAAAGCAGCAGCAGAACCCAGCAUCUUUAUUCCCUCCGGCUCUCUCAUCCAGCCUAUCGCCUGGGCCAUCCACCGCGAUCCCGCCGUGUACCCGCGAGGCAAGGAAUUUUUGCCGGAGCGCUGGCUGGACGAUCCGCGGGGCGAGUUCCCGCGCACACGGCUUCCGGAAGGGAGGUCCCUAAAGGAGUAUCCGAAUCUGAAGAAUUUCUCGGUCUUUGGGUAUGGGAGGAGGAUUUGUCCGGGGUUUAAUAUUGUAGAGAGGAGUUUGGUAAUUCAGGCUGCGUUGUUGGUUUGGGGGUGUGAGGUGAGAAGUUUGGAGGCAGAGGGCAGGGGUAAGGGGUUUGUAAGAGCAGGUAAUAAUGACGAUGACGAGGACGAUGAUGAGGAUGUGUUUCCGCCGUUCGAGCUCAAGGUUCGUGGGGAGCGGUAUGCGGAGAUUAUCGCUCACGCAGCGGAAAAGGCAGAGAGGGAGGAUCCAUUAAAGUAA